CAAGUUUCAGACGGAAUCAAAUCCUCAAGCGCUCCGAGAUCAAACAGAUGGAUCUGCUCAAGCAAGAGCUUCUGAAGAAACGGCAGAGCCUGGCCGAGGAAACUGGUGGUCGGAAGGUCUUCAAGCGCUCCGAGAUCGAGCAGAAGAAAAUCCAGAAGCUUCGCGAGGAGGAACGCCGUGAGCAGGAGCUCAAGGCCCAGCGGAGGGCCGCCGGAGGAUCAUCCUUCGGCGAUCCCUCCGCCGCUGCAUCUUCGAUUGCAUCGGCUUCAGCCUCCUCCAAAUCCUCCGCAUCGGAUGCGGCUGCUGCUUCCGAUUCCAAAUCCCUAGCCGACGAACGAAACAUCGACAACCUCGUACUUCCCAGGCAGGAAGUGAUCCGUCGACUGAGGUUUCUCAAGCAGCCGAUUACGCUCUUCGGAGAGGAUGAUCAAGCACGGCUCGAUCGGCUCAAGUACGUCCUGAAAGCGGGGUUGUUCGAGGUCGAUAGCGAUGUGAUGGAGGGGCAGACCAACGACUUCUUGCGCGAUAUCGCGGAGCUGAGGAAACGUCAGAAGAGUGGAACGCUGAGCGAGAGGAAGAGGAAGGAUAGGGAAGAAGGAGGAGGAGAUGAGGAUAAUGGAGCUGAUGUUAGGGAAGACGAGCUCAGUGGCGAUGGUGGGUCGAGCGGUGUCGACGUAGAUAAGGAUCUGAAGCGUUUGAAAGCGAAUUUCGAUGAGCUUAGCGACGAGGACAAGAUCCUCGUGUUCUUCAAGAAGCUGUUGAUAGAGUGGAACCAGGAGCUGGAUGCGAUGCAGGAUGCUGAGAGGAGAACUGCCAAAGGGAAGCAGAUGGUUGCCACCUUCAAGCAGUGUGCUCGUUAUCUCAAUCCUCUAUUCAAGUUAUGCAGGAAGAAGGGCCUUCCAGACGACAUCAGGCAAGCCCUAAUGGUAGUGGUCAACCGUUGCAUGGAGCGAGACUACCUCGCGGCAAUGGACCAAUACAUAAAGCUAGCCAUCGGGAACGCUCCAUGGCCGAUCGGUGUGACCAUGGUUGGUAUACACGAGCGUUCGGCUCGGGAGAAGAUCUACACAAACAGCGUUGCCCACAUCAUGAACGACGAGACGACACGUAAGUACCUCCAAUCCAUCAAAAGACUGAUGACCUUUUGCCAGAGACGGUACCCGACCAUGCCCUCCAAAGCCGUCGAGUUCAACAGCUUAGCUAACGGCAGCGACUUACAGUCGUUGUUGGCUGAGGAGCGAUUCUCCGGCCGGCCUUCUUCCGAGGAGGAGAGGCUUAGGCUCAUGCCUUCUCCGAGUGAAUGAAAGCUAACGUCAAGACGAGAGUUUUACUCUUUGAUCUUCCAGCUUUGAUCUCUAAAUAGUAAACGCUGACACCGUUGUGAUUCUGAUUUCCCGUUUGGCUAUUUUAUAACACCGUAUUAAUAGUGCGACUGUA